CAUCGUGUACUCUGGAAAGACGGUGUCCGUCACCGCGACGUCAGCCCAAGCAAUCUCAGGGUAUACCGCUUAGUUGGUCGAGUGAUUGGCAUCUUCAACGACUACGACUUAUCAUUGACUCAAGAAGAUAGUCCCAGCAGCCUCGAGCGCGCAGGGGCGAUACCAUUCAUGGCACUGGAGCUUCUCACAAAGAAGGCAAUUGAGGGCCAUGUUGAGCACUUGUACCAGCACGAUGCUGAAUCAUUCAUCUGGGUCCUCACCUGGGUCUGUCUUCGGUACGAA